ACACCCAACACCUGCAGUCUGGACGACAGACAUGCUGCGCGCCCCGUCCCUUCUACACAGGCACUCCCGACUGUCGCGAUCAUGUACCGCAGAAGCUACUUCUUGCUGAUUCUUGUGCGCAUCUACUUUGCCUUGUCGCCGAGUUACCUGCACCCCGACGAGAACUUCCAGGGCCCCGAGGUCAUAGCAGGUCGCGUCUUCUCGUAUCCCGUUCACCAAACAUGGGAAUUCACCUCUGCCCAUCCCAUCCGGAGCACGUUCCCUCUAUGGCUUGCGUACGGCUGGCCAAUGUACAUACUGCGCUGGCUGUGGGAGGGUCUGGGCUAUCAUGAUGUGUCGCCGGCACUUGUAUACUGGACGCUGCGGGUGCUGAUGCUAUCGCUGAGCGUGGUGCUGGAGGACUGGGCUAUCCAGGAGUUGGUACAGUCACGGCGCGCCCGGCGCGUCGCACUGUUGUUGAUCGCGUCUUCUUACGUGACCUGGACGUUUCAAACGCAUACCUUCUCCAACAGCCUGGAGACGCUGGUGGUGAGCUGGAGCCUGGUGUUGAUCCAACGCAUCGUUGAAGACAAGAAACGCACUGGUAUUCUCGCUUCUUCAUUGCUUGGGUUCCUGGUCGUCGCCGGUACCUUCAAUCGUAUAACCUUCCCGGCAUACCUCCUCGUUCCUUCUUGCACCUUGCUGCCGCAUUUUUGGCGAAAGCCUCUCUCGUUCCUCUCACUCGUCCUCUUCGCUGCUCUGACUGCAUUGAUCGCCAUCGGCGUUGAUACGACCUUCUAUUCUCCCGGCGAGCUUACAUAUUCAGACAUCUUCCACAAUCCCGUCAUCACGCCUCUCAACAACUUCCUCUAUAAUUCUGACUCGGCGAACCUUGCCCAACAUGGCAUCCACCCUCGCUACCAACAUUUCCUUGUCAAUCUCCCGCAGCUGCUCGGUCCGGCCAUGGCCCUUCUCUUCUUUCUGCACCGCCCCGACUUCGCGACCCCGACCCUCGUUUCCGCAUUCUCGGGCAUCGCCCUCCUGAGCAUAUUUCCGCACCAGGAAGCUCGCUUUCUUCUCCCCGCGGUGCCGCUCAUUCUUGCCUCUGUCCGCCUACCUCAAGUGCAGGUCAAGUUUUGGAUAUCGAUUUGGAUAUUUUUCAAUGUCCUGCUGGGCAUACUCAUGGGCAUAUAUCACCAAGGUGGUAUAGUGCCGGUUCAGAUUCACCUGGCAAAAUCCAAUGAAACCGUUUCUCGGGCAUUCUGGUGGAAAACAUACAGCCCCCCAACAUGGUUACUCAAUGGGAAAAACGAGGAGUUGGAGACAAUUGAUCUUAUGGGUAUGAAGGGCGACAAGAUGAUUGCCCAGCUCAAGGAUGCACUGCCAUCUUGUAAAACAAGGACAUCCGCCAAGGUCGUCAAGGGGUCAACUUAUCUCGUUGCGCCACGCUCAGCAUACUUCUUACUACCAUACGUAUCCAUCACUGAGCGCGAUGAGAUAUCACUCGAGGAAGUAUGGAGCUAUACUCGGCACUUGAACCUCGAUGACAUGGACUUUGCCGAAGAUGGGUUCUGGAAAACAAUGGGAAGGGUCGUUGGAGAUCGAGGCCUUGUGGUGUAUAAUGCCACGCGGAAUUGCUAA